AGGGCAUAUUUGCAGACUGAUCUUCGGCCCUUGCCUUUAUGAAUCUGCUUGGUAACUUUGCUUUUCCCACGUUACGGCAAUUCAAGACGAUGGUGAUUCCAUCCACUCCCUGAAACCAAUCCUGCUGGAAUAACAACAGAAGUUGCCCUGGGGGCCCCUAACAAGGCAGGGUGAGAGUUCCGUGGCCCCAGUUAGGUAGGCUGACCCAAUGUCAACCCAAAGAAGCUACAGAAGAUGGACCAUCACCCUUCAUCCUCUCAGUAAGAUUUUUUGGGUUCCACGUCUCUCAGGAGGGAUUUGAGGUAGGAGAGAGGCCCCUGGCUGAGCAGCUGCAGCUGGUCUCCUGCUGAUGCUUUGAGAUGGGAUACCAGCAGAGGUAUUGGGUCCUGAUUUGGUGCAUUCUUGUGGAUUUCCUGGGCCAAUCCAUGCACAGAGAAGGCCCUCAGUCUAGGGGAAGGGCAAAAGGAGGGAGAAGAUGCCAGCUGGAAUCCAUCGUGGCUGAGAGGUGGGUGUCCCCACCAGGACCAAACAUGGAGAUGACUGGCCAGAAAUAAAACCCGGAAAACCGCCUCUAUAUCAGCAAGCUAAGCUGCCCCUAUUACGUGCAGCUCACUCAGGGCUCGCCUGUGUGGUUUGCCACACGUACUUUGCUUCUCAUAAAUGCUUUUAUCUUUUUCAUAAUCUUGGUCUCUUCACUGAAUUCUUUCUUCAAAGAAGACAAGAACCAAGGUCCUUCUUCCAGCCGUUCCACCGAGCUCCAGCAUCCUUUUGGGGAUGUACUGCCCCAGACCCUGAGCUGCAGGUGGGCAGGAUGGGGUGUCAACGUCACUGGUGGGCUUGGCUCCCAGCCUAGGACAGGUGGAUGUAGAGCAGCCUCUCCAUGGUCCGCCCUGAGGUCUGCCUCGUCAGGAAGGGGAGGAAUAGGGGUCCUAAAGCCUCAGAGUCCUACUGAGGGUGACUGAGAUGUUACAAGGACAGGGAAGAAAAUGGAGACGGACAGACUGAGGCAGAUACAGAGAGACAAAGAGACACAGGAAGAGAUAUAAAGAGAGAUGGAGAUGGCAGGAGAUAGAGACACAGACACAGAGAAACAAAAAAUGGAGUAAAACAAAACGGACCAAGAGAGAUGGACAGAGAGAGACAGUGAGGCCAAGAAGGAGAAGAGAGAUACAAUGGCAGGCAGAGAGAGAAACUGUCAGAUCUAGAGACACAGCAGUAAAGAUGUCUGCCUCCCCAAAGCUCCCCGCCCUGGCACUGACCUCCUUCCAGGCACCUCCCACAGCAGCAGCCAGUCCUCCCUCAGCUCCACUCACCUUCCCUCCUGCUGCUGGCCAAGCCCAUUAAGCUGCUACCCUGGCCACAGCUGACGGCCCCACGCCCUGAGGAGGAAACCACUGAAGAGGCGUCCUUACUCGCUGGCACCCCAAACCAUCAAUUAGUAUGAACGAGGGAUGGUUCCUCACUGCCUAAAGACCCCCAUCUGGGCUCAGAUGGAGGGGAGGCCCCGCCCCCCAUGACUCAGGAGGUUAAAGGGCCUGGAGCCAGUGUGUGAGCCCACAGUGUCCGGAUGGCGUGUGGCGGCCGGAGGGUCACCAUCCAACUGGUGAAUGAGGAGGCAGGACCCGGAACCAACAGCCCAAAGCCCUUUCAGGGCCAGAACUACAAAGCAAUCCAAGCAGCCUGCCUGGAUGAAGGGGUCCUGUUCCAAGAUCCCUACUUCCCUGCUGGCCCUGACGCCCUUGGCUAUGACCAGCUGGGGCCGGACUCGGAGAAGACCAAAGGGGUGGAAUGGAAGAGACCCUAUGAGUUUUGCACUGAGCCACAGUUCAUCUGUGAGGACAUGAGCCGAACAGACGUGUGUCAGGGGAGCCUGGGUAACUGCUGGUUUCUUGCGGCUGCUGCCUCCCUCACUCUGUACCCCCGACUCCUGUCCCGGGUGGUCCCGCCGGGACAAGGCUUCCAAGAUGGCUAUGCAGGUGUCUUCCACUUCCAGCUCUGGCAGUUUGGCCACUGGGUGGACGUCGUGGUGGACGACAGGCUGCCCGUGCGUGAGGGGAAGCUGAUGUUCGUGCGCUCGGAUCAGCGGAACGAGUUCUGGGCCCCACUCCUGGAAAAGGCCUACGCCAAGCUCCACGGCUCCUAUGAGGUGAUGCAAGGCGGCCACAUGAAUGAGGCUUUCGUGGACUUCACAGGCGGCGUGGGCGAGGUGCUCUACCUGAGGCAGGACACUCCAGGCCUCUUCUCCGUCCUGCGCCAUGCCCUGGCCAAGGAGUCCCUCAUAGGCGCCACUGCCCUGCGUAAUCGGGGCGAGUGCCGUACAGAAGAUGGGCUGGUGAAGGGACACGCAUAUUCAAUCACGGGCACACACGAGGUGUCACUGGGCUUCACCAAGGUGCGGCUGCUGCGGCUGCGGAACCCAUGGGGCCGAGUAGAAUGGACUGGGGCCUGGAGUGACAGAUGCCCACACUGGAAUGCACUCCUUUCCGAGUGGCAAGAUGCGUUGCUGGUGAAAAAGGAGGAUGGCGAGUUCUGGAUGGAGCUGCAGGACUUCCUCCGCCACUUCGACACCGUCCAGAUUUGCUCGCUGAGCCCUGAGGUGCUGGGCCCCAGCCCGGCUGGAGGUGGCUGGCACAUCCACACCUUCCAAGGCCGCUGGGUGCGCGGCUUCAACUCUGGCGGGAGCCAGCCUGGUGCCGAAACCUUCUGGACUAAUCCCCAGUUCCGGCUGACACUGCUGGAGCCUGAUGAGGAGGAUGAGGAGGGGCCCUGGGGGGGUUGGGGGGCAGCAGGGACACGGGCCCCUGCACAGGGGGGCCGUACCCCCAAAUGCACUGUGCUCCUAUCACUCAUACAGCGCAACCAGCGGUGCCUGAGGGCCCAGGGCCUCAGGUACCUGACCGUGGGCUUCCACGUGUUCCAGAUCCCAGAGGAGCUGCUGGGCCUGUGGGACUCCCCGCGCAGCCGCGCGCUCUUGCGGGGCCUGCUGUGCGCCGACCGCUCCCGCUUCUGCGCCCGCCGCGACGUGAGCCGCCGCUGCCGCCUGCGUCCUGGUCACUACCUGGUGGUGCCCAGCGCCACCUGCCCCGGCGACGAGGCUGACUUCACGCUGCGCGUCUUCGCAGAGCGCCGCCACACCGCCGUGGAGAUCGAUGACGUGAUCAGCGCCGACCUGCAAGCCCUCGUGGUCCCGUAUGUUCCCCUGAAGCUGGAGUUGGAGCUGCUGUUUCACCAGCUGGCAGGAGAGGAGGAAGAACUCAGUGCCCCUCAGCUCCAGAACUUAUUAAGCAUUGCCCUGGAGCCUGCCAAGGCCCAUGCCCAGACCCCCCGAGAAAUUGGGCUCAGGACCUGCGAGCAGCUGCUGCAGUGUUUUGGGCAUGGGCCAAGCCUGGACCUGCACCACUUCCAGCAGCUCUGGGGCCACCUCCUCAAGUGGCAGGCCACAUUUGACAAGUUCGACGAGGAUGCUUCUGGGACUAUGAACUCCUAUGAGCUGAGGCUGGCGCUGAAAGCGGCAGGCUUCCAACUGAACAACCAGCUGACCCAGGCCCUCACUAGCCGCUACCGGGACAGCCGUCUGCGUGUGGACUUCGAGCGCUUCGUGUCCUGUGUGGCCCAGCUCGUCUGCCUCUUCCGCCACUGCAGCCAGCACCUGGAUGGGGGCGAGGGGGGCGUCUGCCUGACCCACAGACAGUGGAUGGAGGUGGCCACCUUCUCCUAGGAUCUCAGCCCAGGAGCACCUGCAGCUGGAGGUGGGAGAGCUGCUGGGAGCCCUGCCUUUCCUCCUCCCAGCCGGGACCAGGGUUUACUCUACAGGGAGGGCCGAUGCGCCAAGGUUAAGCAGGGGCUCAGAGCACGGCCCCGGGAGCCGGCCUGCCUGACGCUGAUUUCAGGCCCCACCACGCACCAGCUGGGUGACACUGGGCUAGUCGCCACACCUCUCUGUGUUUUGUUCUCCUCACCUAUAAACGGGCAUGGUAACAGCACCUUUCCCGCGCCGGCUGCACCAGUUAGCCCCACGUCACACACUUAGAACAGUGCCUGGCCCGGAGCUGGUCCCCAACAGCACUCCUACUUUCACACACUCAUGGGAACCGGGAUCGCGGCACUCCCACCCCCGACCUCGUUCUGGGAAGAGGCCCUCUAUCAUCACUCUCCUAAGAAGUGGAGAACAGAGAUAGAAGAACAGAGGACACUGUAGGAAUCCUUCU